AUGGCCGCUACUUACAUCAACGGGCACCAAGAGUCCGUCCUGCGCUCUCACAAAUGGCGCACGGCAGAGAACUCUGCGGCGUACCUCCUGCCGCAUAUCAAGCCCGGAAUGCGUAUCCUGGACGUCGGGUGCGGCCCCGGGACCAUCAGCAUUGACUUCGCGACGCGCGUUCCACAGGGGCACGUUAUCGGCCUCGAGAACAGCCCAGAGGUCCUCGUCGAGGCUCGCGCGACCGCGGCGAAGGGCGGCGUCGCCAACAUCGAGUUCGUCGUCCUCCAGCACAUCAGCGACCCCGUCGGCGCCCUGCGCGAGAUGAAGCGCGCGACGAAGCCCGGCGGACUCGUCGCCACGCGCGAGGGCGACUUCAACUCCAUGACGUGGUUCCCGGAGAACGACGCGCUCGUCGAAUGGCGCGAGUUGCACAUGCGCGUCGGGCGCGCGCUCGGCGGCGAGCCCAACGCGGGGCGCAGGCUCGUGUCGUGGGCCAUCCAGGCUGGGUUUGCGCGCAAGGACAUCACGGCGUCGUCCACCAGCUACUGCUACAGCGACCCGGAGGACCGGGCGUGGUGGAGCGUUAUGUGGCAGGAUCGCAUCCUCGGGUCGUCCUUCCCCGAGCGCGUCCUUGACGGCGGUCAUGCUACUCAGGCGGACUUGGAGAGGAUGGCUCAGGCGUGGCGCAAGUGGGGCGAGCAAGAGGACGGCUGGUUCGCAUUCCUGCACGGCGAGGUGCUGUGCCGUGUCUAA